AUGUUCCGACUAUUACUUCUGUUAACCGUAGUCACUCUGGCAGCGGGUGCAAAACUACAGCUGCGUACACUUCCAAGACUUGAUAGAAGAAUUGUUGGUGGCAAACCCGUUAAGAUCGAAGAAUAUCCAUACCAAGUUUCUUUGCAAAGUGACGGCAGUCAUAUUUGUGGUGGUUCCAUCAUAGGACCGACCAAGGUACUAACAGCUGCCCACUGCACCAGCGGCCCAUACGCUAGCUCUUUGUCAAUUCGUCACUCCAGCACCUAUCGUGGCGUGAAAGGUGUUGUGAUCAUGAUAUCAAACAUCGUACGGAAUCCAGACUACGGUCCAAUCACAGCUAGUCAUGACGUCAGUGUAUUAACUCUUUCUGAACCGAUUAAGGAUUCAGACAUUGCCAAACCGAUCGUACUGGUCGAAACAAAUGCGACAGAAGGUGAUCGUGAGGCAGUGUGCACUGGAUUGGGUGCCCGGUUAUCUGGAGGAUUUACUUUGCAUUUACAAGCUGUCGAUGUUAAAGAAGUAGACAGGAAAGCAUGCAACGUAAGCUACAACGGCCGCAUCACCGAUACCAUGAUCUGUUUUGCCAGCCCAGGAAAGGACUCUUGCCAAGGAGAUUCCGGUGGUCCACUGGUAGUUGGUGACAAGCAAGUUAGAAUCGUCUCCUGGGGCCGCGGGUGCGCCCGUCCUGACUAUCCUGGCGUGUACGCCCACGUCGCUCCUCUCAGAACAUUCAUUGAUGAAAACUUAUAA